CCCAUCUCUCCUCCCCACCCACCAACCGAUUAUUCCCAUCUCCACAUCACCCAUAUAUCCUAGCUAGUUCCUACACACUACUCAUACAGCAGCAGCAGCAGCAAAAGCAGAAGAAGAAGAGGAAUUAGUCAGAAGAGGAAGAGGAGGAGGAAGAAGAAGAAGAGCUAGAAUUAAUUAAUGGAGCUUUUUCAAGCUCAACCAGACCUAUCCCUCCAAAUCAGUCCACCAGCCAGCAAGACUAAUGAGCCCGUAGAAUUAGGGUUUUGGAGGAGAGCUUUAGACACCAACUACACCAACCCCCCCUCCGCCGCCCCGCACGCCGUCGACAAACUCUUCGAUCUCUCCCUAGCAAACCAAUCCUCCUUCCCUACCACCACCACCACCACCACCUUUCCUCACCACCACAGCCACAGCCACAGCCACCACCGUCCUUUCCUAUAUGAAGGGUAUCAUCAAAACCAAGAGUACAUUAGCAAUUGCAUGAGGCCCAUAAGAGGAAUCCCAGUGUAUCAAGCCUCUCCCUCUUUCCAUCUCCUCCAAAGCCAGCUUCAGGCGCAAGCACAGCAGCCGAGGUCCCCGAGAUUCCUGUCGCGGCUCCCCGCGAAGAAAAGCGCGAGAGCGCCGAGGAUGCGGUGGACGACAUCGCUCCACGCCCGCUUCGUUCAUGCCGUAGAGCUCUUGGGAGGCCAUGAAAGGGCUACACCCAAGUCAGUUCUUGAGCUUAUGGAUGUGAAAGAUCUAACUUUGGCCCAUGUCAAGUCUCACUUGCAGAUGUAUAGGACCAUAAAGACCACUGAUAAGCCAGUAACCGCUUCUGGGCAAGCCGAAAACCUAGAGAUUUCUGAUGAAAAUAACUUGCGUGAGAGUAACAAAUACCGUGGAUCGGAAUCUUCAAUUCUGCACGGAAAGUCAGUAGGAAAUGAUGGCAAGAAUUUACGUGGUUUAUGGAUUAAUUCUUCAAGCAGGGGGGUCUGGUUCAGUGACAAACAAAGGGAUUCCACCCCUGGAAGCAUAAACUCUUUUGAGGAAAUGCAAUCAAAAUGCUUUGAAGCUGAAUCCAAUUUGAACUCAUCAUUCCUUUCAAGUGUUAGUGCACUGACACCCAACCUUGAAUUCACAUUGGGAAGGCCACAUUGAACUAACAUGAAUAUUAUUAGUGAAAAAAAAUAAAUCACAAAUUAGGAAUAUAUAGAAAUAGAAAUUAACAAGGGAAAGAAAAAAAGAAAAAGACAAAGCGACCACUGGGACACAAGAAAGCAAGAUAGAGGAGACAUGAGUGUCUGUAAAUUGAGUGAGUAAAGGUUUUAAGAAAGCAAGAGAGCCAAAGGCUAAUCUCAUAAAUUUAAACAUGAGUUGCACUAGCUUGUAUACAGUGGUAACAUAUAUAUGUUGGCUCCUUUUCUUCUUUAAAGCAAAAAAGUGGACAAAGGGGCUUCUUCAUUCUCUUGCAUGUGCACGUGGUUCGCUUUUGUAGAUUCCCCAACAAAGGAUGGAGAUGAAUUUGCAGGGACUAUAUAUGCAACUAAUUCUAGUAGAUAUACAUAUAUAUUACUUGUAAUGAUCCAUACAGUAGCUAGUACUUAAUUUUUGUAUGAGAUAUAUAUGUACAUUUCAUCCGACUUGCAUGCAUUUUCUCUUCCUCCUAUUUUAAUUAAUUCUUCAUUGUACGUGCUAAUUCGUGUGUUGGUAUAUGAGCAUGUAACACGGCCACUUUUGAUUUAGUGAAACUAAUUAUUAUGAGGCGUUGCUCUCUCAUGAA